AUGUCCGGCAAGAGUUCGCUGGAGGUCAGCCGUCUGAUAGCCGAAGUGCACCGGAGGCCCGAGCUGUGGGACCGGCAACACCCGCAACACCACAACAGGUCCGUGCUGGACCAUCACUGGGAGUCCGUGGCCUCUAUGCUCGGCAUCAUAGGCAAAGCUGCUAGGGGUAAAUGGAAAAACUUAAAAGACCAUUUCCGUAAAGAGUACAAAAGAUGCAUGACUAGCACGGAAAGUGAUCAAGAAAUGUCUAGAUGGCCAUAUUUUCAUUCUAUGAUGUUCAUCAAAGAACAGAUCUCACACACCGUCACAAAUUCGGCGUACUUGACGGACUUACCAUACCAAAACAUCUAUCCAGAAGUAGAACUGAAAGAAGACGUGUCGGACGAAGGAAACCCCUUGAACUGUCUUAACAUCGAGUACGACUAUCAAAAUUCAGCCGAAGUGAAAUCAGAGUAUUCGAAUCAAGACGAAAAUAUUUCCGAUGACAAACAUUUUUUAUUGAGUCUUUUACCCAUGUUGUCCACACUUCCGAUGGACAAGAAACUCAUAGCUCGGAUAGCCAUCGAAACGUCAUUGCUCAACAUAGCUUACCCAGAUCUGAGUACUGGUUCGGAAAAUUCACACGCUGAAGAAAAUGGUACUACUCAACAAUUAUCUACCAAGACUGAAAAAAGAAAACGAAUGACCGGAGACGAUCACCAUCCCAAGAAGCGUUCGGUGAACGCGAAAACAAUUUGUUGA